AUGGCGUCGUUGACCUACUACGCUGCCUCGCCCCGAGAGGCACUUGUCGCCGAGUACGUGGGAAAGUCAAUUCGCAAUGUGCCUACACCGGCGGCCAUCAUCAACGUCGCCGCCGUGCGCAGAAACUGCAGCCGCAUGCUGGAUGCUUGCAAGAGCCUCAACCUAGGCUGGCGAGCACACGUCAAGACGCACAAAACGGUAGAAAUUACCCGCCUGCAAGUCGGUGAUGACGCUUCAUUUCCGGUGAAUCUUGUGAUUUCGACUCUAGCCGAGGGGGAAUUCCUGCUGCAGACUCUCAAAGAGUACAAAUCUCAAGGUCGGCAAAUUAAUAUUCUCUACGGCCUACCCAUCAACGCCAAUGCAGUUGACCGCCUUGCCGCCAUUGCCAGCGCUCUCGGCCAAGGCUCCGUCUCGAUUCUUCUCGACGAUCCUGCGCAGCUCCCCGUCGCUGCUAAGCUACGCCAAGCGAGCGGCAUUGCGCCCCAUGCCUCGAUCAAAAUUGACAUGGGCGGCAAACGAGCUGGCGUCGUCGCUGAUGGCGAGCGCCUCCUCGAGGUUGCCGAUGCUGCCCUGAAGGCUCACCAGAAUGGCGAUAUUGUACUCUCUGGGCUGUACUCGCACGCCGGUCAGUCCUACGGCGGUGAUAGCCGUGCGGCGGCCAUCAAGAUGAUGGGCGACGAAAUUCGGGCCAUGAUGGUCGGCGCAGACAAAAUCAAGGCGCGCGCAGCGGAACAGGGCGUAUCAAACCUCCCCGCCCUCGUUCUGUCCGGUGGUGCAUCGCCCACAGCCCUGUCUGUCCAGAAUCUUUUGAGCCAAGACGACGACGCACAGGCCGCGUCUACGCCAGAGCUACAGACCGAGGUGCAGAGCUUGACGGCGCUGUUUGGCACGGUCAAGAGCAGCGGCCACGUUGUAGAAAUUCACGCUGGCGUCUACCCCACGCUCGACCUCCAGCAGCUCGCCGCGCACAGCAUGUCAGCGUCGCGCCUUUCGUGGGGCGACAUUGCGCUGACUAUUCUCGCCCAAGUCCACAGCACGUACCCUGGGCGCGGCGCAGGCGGCACGCCCGAGGUGCUCAUCGGUGCCGGCGGGCUGGCCCUGGGCCGUGAAUUCUGCAAGGCGUACGACGGCAUGGCCUUGCUAACGCCGUGGGGGCGGACGGGCGCCGCGCCGCCUGCAGGCGAUGUCGAGGACCAUGAGGGAUGGCAGGUGGGCCGCUUCUCGCAGGAGCACGGCAUUCUGACCUGGGCGGCGGGCAAGCGCAAGGGUACGCCGUCGGGGCCGCCCUCGGACAUGCUGGAGGUUGGCCAGAAAGUGAAGCUGUGGCCCAACCACGCGUGCAUCACCAGCAGCCACUUUGGGUGGUACUUUGUGGUGGAUGAGGAUCGGCCGGGCAAGGAGGAUGAAAUUGUGGACAUCUGGACAAAGGCACGGGGUUGGUGA